CUUCAACAAGAAACGACAGGAUAACCCUCCUCUUCCUCCUGGCCCAGUACCACUCCCACUAUUAGGGAACGUCUUAUCUAUCGACGCUAAGGAGCCUUGGCUGACUUAUACAGAAUGGAGCGCUGUGUAUGGAGAUUUGGUCUUCGUGCGAAGUUUAGACGAGGAAAUGGUCGUGGUCAAUUCUCAGGACAUCGCAGAAGCCUUAUUGGACAAGCGUUCUCGUAUCUACUCCGAUCGACCAUACGUAGCCACAGUCAAGCCAUAUGGCUUGUCGGUCAAUUUUGCAUUUAUAGGUUACGGCGAUGAAUGGCGUCUCUGCCGACGGCUCUUCCAUCAAACUUUCCGUCCCGAGUCUGCAGUAAAAUUUCGCCCAAUGCAGAUCAGGCGGGCUCUUGAGAUUGUCGUCAACCUAAUCGAUGACCCUCAACAUUAUCAUGACCACUUCGCAACAUUCUCGUUGUCUGUUGUGAUGUCGACUGUAUAUGACUACAAUAUUAGUGCUCGUGAUGAUCCUAUGGUGCAGAUUGUGAUAAAGGCGCUGAUUCCAGGCUUGACCUUGAUCACCUCGGAGAGAGUAUUGAUGCUCAAGACAUUCCCCUUCUGUGAGCUCAACUUUCUUAGAUGUGACAGCAUUAACACGACACGCACUUUUGUGAAAUGUAGUACUAAAGUUACCUGACUGGUGCUGGGGAUCCUCGAUCAAGCGUGGUGCUCGAGCCUCGACCGAGCGCAUGAAUGAAAUGGCCAACGUGCCAUUUCGAUACGUGCAACAGCACAUGGCCGACAGCUCAUUCCUCGCUCAAUCUUCAAUGGUCGCUGAAAAUUUGCGACGGAUGGAGACGCAAGAAGAGGCAUUCAAACCUGCAUUCUCGAAUGCCUUAAAGAAAGCAGCUACUACUGCUAUUAUAGGUAAG